AUGUUAAGGGUUCUUCUUCUGGUGCUGGCGCUGGUGCUGGUGCUGCAGGCCCACGCCUUUGUACACCCCGUCUCGGCGAGCAACAGCUACACAACGGCGGGGCUCCCGCGCGACGAUGUAAAGGACCCGACAUGGGACUACACCGACCUCUCCACGUGGCCAGAGACGUGCCGGAAGGGGUCGCGCCAGAGCCCCAUUUCCUUCUCCGAGCUCGCGCCAAACGAGGUGGUGUACCGCAAGGACCUUGGUCCACUGGAGUUUUCAGAGGGCUGCGCCUUCACCGCCGAGAAGGUGUCACUCAAGAUUGAAAACGAUGUGAACACAAUAUCUGUGCGCCUCAUUUCGCUCGACGACCCAUACAACGAGGCUCCGAGCCCGUGCACCAUGCGUGACCCGACUAACCCGGAUUCGCCACUCUUCCACUUCGUGUCAAUGCACCUCCAUUCGCCGGCGGAGCACGUCUUCCCGCGCACAAUGCCGAACGCGGAGCUUCACAUUUUGUUUGUGAACACGAAGGGAUCAAAUAAGGCGCAACGCAUGGUGGUUGCGGUGCAACUUGUUGCAUCAAACAAGCUAAACACCACCUCUGUGCGCGCCCUCCGUCACAUCCUGGUGGAGGGCUCGCUCCCACCGAAGCAUGCCAUCACAACGUGCACACUCACUGAGGACAUCGCGAUUCCAAAGUUGUUGCCGCGGCGGGGGAGCUACCUCGCCUAUGACGGAUCGCUGACAACGCCGCCAUGCACAGAAGGGGUGCGUUUCAUUGUUAUGACCUCCCCUCAGAUCAUAUCGAGACUGGCGCUGGGACGACUUGUCGAGGCAUUCAAUAAGUCCCGUCAGGGUAAUUUCUACGGCAACAGACGACCAACGCAGCCCCUAAACGGGCGAGCGGUUUACCGUUUCGUUGAUGUAAAGCACAACAAGACGGUCAAGUCUAAAGGGGACAUGGAUGACUAUUACCAGAGUGACCAUCAUAGUGAGGAUGUAUGGGGAAACGACGAGGUGGUAAAAAACCACUCUGUCAUAACAGAAACUAAACCAACGCAGAGCCUCAAUAUAUCUCAAACAAAUGCCACACAUAUUUCGUGGGGACAUGCCGGUGGAUGGCCGCGUCCGUUCAAGCUAAGGGAGGCGUUUGUGUUCACGUGCGCCGCCGCGGUGCUCCUCAUUGUGACGAUUCUGUUGUACCGGAGGUGGAGUGGAGCUACUUCGUUGAGGGAAAGCGGGAUUGAGGAGGAGCCGCUGGCGCACGUCUCUGGGGGAUAUGGAACAGCUGAAUAUUGA